GGUUGGAAAAAAGUGCAGAGGAAUCCACAGGCAGAUUUUGGGAAACAUUUAACUGCAUGGAGCCCAUCAGACUGGAGAAUGAAGAUCUCUGCUGUGGUCAUAGUUCUCCUGACUAAUGUCUUCUUUGGAAAUGUUUGCACAGCUAUCAAUGCCACAGUCACUCCAUCUCCAUUCACACUUGUGGCCGAGGGGGCCAACAUCACCUUGUCCUGUCAGGUGAGCCAGCGGCGCAGGUCAGCGAGCAUGCCCGUGGUGCGCUGGAUGUUCCAGCCCGAAUGGGGAAUAGAAGAGCUGCUGGUGGUGAAAGUAAACAUGCGGAAAGAAAAGUUUUACGGGAACUACACCAAGAGCUUCCAUGGGCCCAAAAUGAAACUGACAGUGGUAAAACAGGGGAAGAUAUAUAACCUCCUCAUCAUGAACAUCACUAAACAAGACAGAGGUAUUUACAGCUGUAGGGUCCAAGAGUUUAAAUGGCACCAGGAACGUUGGAAAGCUUUAACCAACAGCUCAGCGUCCACACAUGUUAGAGUCCAUGUUCUCCCAGCUGAGAGACCAAAGGACGAGCUGUGGAGUCUGUUUGAAGAUGUAUAUUUGUGUGCUGUGCUGGUUUGUUGUGUUGGACUUUUGUGCAUGUGUAUGUUUACUGUAGCAGUGAGUUGUCAGUAUCUGCAGAGGAAGAGACGUUUAAAAGAAAACUAUCAUUUGGUCAAGAGCCCACAGAACAGCUCAGGCGAGACGGUCACCAGUGUAGUCAGUCUGUCUCCUGCUCUUCCCAAAAAAGAAAGGAAGUACAAGAAAAAGAAAAGUGUGGAGCAGCCAGAUGUGCCACCAGAGAUACCGGCUAAAGCCCCUAUUGCAGACAAAAUGCGGAAGCCAAAGCUUUUAAAACCUCAAACCAGAAAAGUGGUUUUGCCCAAAAUUGCUGAGGAGAGUCUGACAUAUGCUGUACUUGAACUAAUGAAGCCAUUGCCUGAUGCCCAAACUGCCAAGACAGGAACUGUGUAUGCUCAGAUACUCUUUGAGGAUAAGCCGGUGUAGACUAAAACCAUUUACUUUAUUAUUUAUAACAACAUAUAGUAAUACUGAUUUAGGAUAGCAUUGUUUUUCUCUUCUGCUUAAACAUUGUUUAUUUUCACACACUACCUAAGAGGAAUUGUACAUAUUGUAUAUGCAUUCUUUUUAUCUAUGUUUAUUUGUUAUCUGUUUUUUACAAAAUGUUUAAUAUUUAAUAUAGGCCACAUGCAAAACAGCACUCUGAGCACCUCCACAACAGACUAAGGGCUUAUAAUUGAGGAAAACACUUCUGAUUUGUAUACAAGAAUCAGCUCCCUACCCAAAAUGUAUAAAAACUAUACACUGUAAAAGAAAUGCACCAUGAAGUUAAAACAACUUGGUUAUGCAAGUCAAUUUUACUUACUAUUUUAGGUUUUCACUUUAUAAAAACAAAUUGAAAUUGUUUAACUUAUUCGUUAAAGUUAAAGUAUGCAAUUGUAUUGGAUUAGCUGCAAGACACAACAGCUGCCAAUGCACAAGCUUGUAAAUGUUCUUUGCAUUUAAAAAUCCUUGGGAUAAUGUAAGUACACAACUACAUGAGAUAUAUUACACUGUGAAAGUGGUUUUUGAACUAAAGUCGUACAUAUUGUGGCUUUAAAACAUAGCAACCAACUUUUGCAUUCCCUAUGGUUUUGGGAUUAGUACAAGUUCCGCAUUGACGGCAUCUGAAGCAUGCUGUCAAUAACCACAAAUUCAUUUUAACUUAGCUUUCAAUAACAAACAAAAAUUGUGCUUUAAAUAAUGCAACAAUUUUUUAAAAGUGGGUGAAACAUAGCUUUGCUAAAGUGCCUACAUGUUUUAUAAAAUUCUGCAUUAUUUGAGAUGUAAAGUUUUCCCAAAUAAGCUGCAGUUUAUCUUGCAUUUAACCCAGAAAAACCCUAUACAUUUCCACCAAAAUCAUUGAAUUCAUAGAGCUGCUGUGACUUUAUCACAAACUUCCAACGUGCAAGAAAGUUAUCUUACUGUGAAAUGAAAAAGGCCCCUUAAACCACAUCGAGCACAACCAGGGCCGCUGCCUUUACCACUAACAAGAACCAUCUGUGAAUUUAGUACAGAGACCCCAUGCUCAACACAAGCAAAAUCACUGCAAGGUUUUUCUUUUCUCUGUCAUUUUAUUUUGUAAAUGUACUGUAAAUUAAACAUUUCUUAAUAAAGUACUGAAUAUUUCA